AUGGCUAUUCUCAAGAACGAAUCUUCUGUUGCAUUAAACAAUUUGCAGCUGCUACUUCAAAAUGGAGGAAAUCCCAAUAUUAUCGACGAAACAGGUCGUUGUCUUGUUCACUAUGCAGCUGAAAACGUCAGUGAAACAGCACCUGAAAAGAUGAAGAUCAUCCUGGAAAAUGGUGGAGACGUAAACAUAUGUAAUAAAAUUGGAGAAACGCCAAUGCAUUAUGUCGCAAUGAAUUCAGGAAUUCACGCAGACAAAUUAUUGAGAAUUUUGUUUGAACACGGAGGGGACCCUAAAGCUUCGGAUUAUAUUUUAAAACAAACACCUCUUCAUCGGACCGCAAUGGCCGCAAUAAGAAAUGAAAACCAUCAAGUAAGAUUUGACAUCACCAGCCAAUUACUUGAAAAAGGUGGAAAUCCAAACGCUGCGGACUUUAUUGGCUGGACACCUGUCCACUACGGCAUUUCUACGGCCAAAACUAUUGAAGAGUUGAAAAUGUUAAAACUGUUACUAGAACAUGGUGGAAACAUCUUACAGGAGGACAAGUGCGGAUUUACACCGUAUCACAUAUCUAUUCGUAUAGGAAGCGAACAUUGCCAUCCUGAAGUUGCCAUCAUCAUCGUUCGUUUCACUUUCAGCAGUAUUAUCAACUUCAAUUACUUCAGCUUCAGCCAUUAUGGCAUUAUCUAUUCAGAAAUCAAAUUGGCUUACAAAGCCAAAAUCAAGCAGACUAUUCACUAUCACUGA